AUGGCCCAGUGGCCCGCGCCGCCGCCGCCGCCGCCCACUGCCUCCUCUAAGGGGCCCCCGGCGCGCAAGCUGCUCUUCAUGUGCACCCUGUCUCUGUCCGUCACCUACCUGUGCUACAGCCUCAUGAGCUGCUACAGUUCUCUGCAGUUCCCGCUGGCGCUGCAGGAGCCACCCGGCGCUGGGGAGCCCUCGGGCGGCCCCCCUCCCAGCCCGCCGCUGUUGCCCUCCCUUCUGCCUCCCCGUGUCCAGCUCGGCCCCUCGCGCCCUCCGCCGCCACCGCCGCCAUCCCUGGGAGCGCUGGCCAACGCGAGCCGAAGGGAGCCACCGGACUCCCCCCAACCCCCGGGAGAAAACUGGGGGCCGGGGAGCAGCGGCGGAGGGGGAGCAGCCAACCGGGACGCCUGGAUCCGAACCCCCUUGGCCCCAACCGAGAUGAUUACGGUGCAGAGCGGGCUCUUCGAGAGGGACCCCCAUGAGUCCAGCACUACGGACGAGGAGCUGACCGGUCGGAGGGGGGGCAAUAGUACCAGCGGAGGAGGAGGGGAAAAGGGGGGGCCUGGCCCUGGCACCACUACCCCGGACUAUGGGGAGAAGAAGCUACCGCAGGCGCUGAUCAUCGGGGUGAAGAAAGGAGGAACCCGGGCUCUGCUGGAGGCGAUCCGAGUGCACCCAGACGUGCGGGCAGUGGGCGUGGAGCCGCACUUCUUCGACAGGAACUACGAGAAAGGGUUGGAGUGGUACAGAAAUGUAAUGCCCAAGACCCUGGAGGGGCAGAUAACAAUGGAGAAAACUCCAAGUUACUUUGUAACCAAUGAAGCCCCCAAACGCAUCCACUCCAUGGCUAAGGAUACCAAGCUGAUUGUGGUUGUGAGGAACCCUGUGACUCGGGCAAUCUCUGAUUACACACAGACCCUGUCCAAGAAACCAGAGAUUCCUACCUUUGAAGUGCUAGCCUUCAAAAACCGGACCCUGGGGCUCAUCGAUGCCUCCUGGAGUGCCAUCCGCAUUGGGAUCUAUGCUCUGCACUUGGAAAACUGGCUUCAAUAUUUUCCCCUGUCUCAGAUGCUGUUUGUCAGCGGUGAAAGGCUUAUUGUGGACCCUGCUGGGGAGAUGGCCAAAGUACAGGAUUUCCUCGGUCUCAAACGGGUGGUGACUGAGAAACAUUUCUACUUCAACAAAACCAAGGGGUUCCCUUGUUUGAAGAAGCCAGAGGACAGCAGUGCCCCAAGGUGCUUGGGCAAAAGCAAGGGGCGGACUCACCCCAGGAUUGAUCCAGAUGUGAUCCACAGACUGCGGAAAUUUUACAGACCAUUCAAUGUUAUGUUUUACCAAAUGACAGGUCAAGAUUUCCAGUGGGAACAGGAAGAAAGUGACAAAUGA